ACUCCGUACAUACCUAAGGUACACAUACAUCUUCUUCAUCUGCUUUGCUACGCUUCUCACUUAAUUCAAUAUGUGUCAAUGACAUUUGGAUGACAUUGAGAAGCUCAAGAUAUUCUUUUUGCUGAGUCUUUACUGGCUAACCCAGCAGAAAGUUGAGUAGCACUCUGCGGACCAUGCUUUGACAUGCGAUAAACGUUCGAGAUCACUGCAUCACCGGAAUACAAACCUGAACAUCCUCGAGGCCGCUCCCUCCAACACCGCAUCUUCUCAGACUGCCCACCACAUUCGAAACAAGGCAGUCUAAGUAGGGACCAGCCCCCUAAACGACAUGUCUUCCUUCACGGUCCCGCGCAACGUCCCGUCUUUCGGAAACCCGCAGCGACUCGCCGAGGACCGUCUUUGGGCUUCCUCUGGAACGGCCUCGCGCAACUCGCGAGGCCCUGGGCGAGUCUUAGACAACGUUCAGCACAGUGUCGACAGCUUCCUACGACCAAAGGGCCAGCUACCCAUGUACAAAGACAAGCCAUACACAUACGCCGGGUCGAGAAGGAUCCAGCCACACUGGAGGAGGAAACGGUCCUUGCUGGGCCUUUUGCUUCUCUCCACAUGCGGUCUGUGGUUCUUCGGCUUCUUUUCGGGUGACUCGAGCACCCGUCUCGGCGCUUCGCAAUGGAACUGGCUGGGGACUUCGGAACCGCCCGGCAAGAAGGUGGACUGGUUGAAGAGGAGAGAACGAGUGGUUGAAGCUUUCGAGCUCAGUUGGGACGCUUACGAACGCUAUGCUUGGGGCUACGACGAAUACCACCCUAUCGCGAAAACGGGCAAGCAGAUGGCACCCGAGGGCCUAGGAUGGAUCAUAAUCGACGCUCUCGACACUAUGAUGCUGAUGAACCUCACUUCGCGGCUGUCUCAUGCCAGGCAAUGGCUAUCAGAAUCCUUAACAUGGGAUCAGGACCAGGACGUCAACACGUUCGAGACUACCAUCCGGAUGCUCGGCGGGCUGCUGUCGGCACACUAUCUUUCGACCGAGUUCCCCGAUCUAGCUCCACUGGCGGACGAUGACGAGGGGGCGCCGGGGGAGGACUUAUAUCUGGAAAAGGCCAAGGACCUAGCGGACCGCCUGGUCAGCGCCUUCGACUCCACAUCCGGCGUCCCCUUCGCGAGCGUGAUCCUAUCCAAGUACGAGGGCAAGCUGUCCCACGGGGACGACGGUGCCUCAUCGACGGCCGAGGCGACGACAGUCCAGCUCGAGUUCAAAUAUCUGGCCAAGCUCACGGGCGAGAAGUUCUACUGGGACAAGGUCGAGAAGGCCAUGCAGGUGGUGGAUGACAACGGUGCGCAGGACGGUCUCGUCCCCAUCUUUAUUUACCCGACGAGUGGGAAGUUCAGGGGCAAGAACAUCCGGCUGGGGUCUCGCGGCGACUCGUACUACGAGUACCUCAUCAAGCAGUACCUGCAGACGAACAAGGAAGAGGAGGUGUACCGGGAGAUGUGGGAAGAGUCCCUUGCCGGCGUCCGCAAGCAUCUGAUCACGUACAGCACGCCGUCGCGGUUCACCGUCCUGGGCGAGCGCCCGUCAGGCUUGGAUGGGGCCCUGUCUCCCAAGAUGGACCACCUCGUCUGUUUCUACCCGGGCACCAUCGCGCUCGCCGCCACGGGCGGACUGACGGAGGCCGAGGCGAGGAAGCUCCCGAGCUGGAACCGGCAAAAGGAGGACGACAUGCGGCUGGCGCGCGAGCUGACGCAGACGUGCUGGGGCAUGUACAAGUGGAUGGCCACGGGCCUUGCGGCAGAGAUUACGUAUUUCAACGUCGACAACCCGCCGCUGCCGGAAUCGGCGCCGCACAACCCGCCGGAGGGCUUCGACCCGGACCCGGAGGCGGAAUGGAGGCAGGACUUCGACGUGCACGGCAACGACGUGCACAACCUUCAGCGUCCGGAGACGGUGGAGAGCCUGUUCUACAUGUGGCGGAUCACGGAGGAUCCGAAAUACCGGGAGUGGGGGUGGGAGAUGUUCAAGUCGUUCGUCAAUCACACGGCGGUGGACGAGGGCGGUGGUUUCACGAGCCUGAGUAACGCGAACCGUAUUCCCCCGGUACCACGCGACAACCUGGAGAGUUUUUGGCUGAUGAUGGCGCCGUAUCGGGAUAUCGAGCUCAACAAACUCAAGUUCAAAGAGGAUUCCCUCGGUCAGGGCAGCAGCUAUAGCAUGCACGACUUCAGCAUGCGGGAACCCACCUACGAUGCGCCUCCCUCGCCGAGGUGGUGGGAGCGCAUAUGGGAAGGCUUCAAGCGCGACCCGGCGCUGAGGAUCACCGGCAAGGUAUCCUCUGUUUCGCCCGACGAGUACGACGAGCGCGUCGUCGAUGGCGCCCACUACUACGAUCUCCGCACCGCCACCCUCAUGACCGCCAACCCGAACCUGUCCAGGAAGCUCAAGGGCAGGCAUCUACAAAUGAUUGCCAUCGGUGGCUCCAUAGGCACCGGUCUUUUCGUUGCGUCAGGGAGAGCCCUCGCCAAUGGCGGCCCGGCCUCUCUAUUGCUGGCUUUCUCUCUCGUCGGCGGCAUGCUCUUUUGCACAUGUCAGGCCCUUGGAGAACUCGCCGUUAACUUCCCCGUCGCUGGCUCUUUCUCGGCUUAUUCCACACGCUUCAUCGACCCGUCUUGGGGGUUUGCAAUGGGUUGGAACUACGCCUUCCAAUGGCUAAUCGUUUUGCCCCUGGAAAUCGUCGCUGCAUCCAUUACCAUCAACUACUGGGACGAAUCUAUCCAACGGGCCAUUUUCGUGACCAUCUUCCUCCUUGGUAUCAUCUGCAUAAACUUGUUUGGAGUCAAAGGCUACGGUGAGGCCGAGUUCAUCUUCUCCAUCAUCAAGGUCAUUGCCGUCAUCGGUUUUAUCCUCCUGGGUAUCGUCCUCAACAUUGGUGGCGUCCCGGGAGACGGCUACAUCGGAGGCCGAUACUGGCAUGACCCGGGAGCCUUCAACAACGGCUUCAAGGGGCUCUGUAGCGUGUUCGUCACGGCCGCCUUCGCCUUCGUUGGCACCGAGCUCGUGGGUCUUGCCGCCGCCGAGACGGCCAACCCCCGUAAAUCCCUACCCACCGCCAUCAAGCAGGUCUUUUGGCGCAUCACCCUCUUCUACGUCGUCGCCCUCACCCUCGUCGGCCUCCUGGUCCGCUCCGACGACAGCCGGCUGCUGUCCAACCAGUCGGCCGUCGACCUGACCGCCUCCCCCUUCGUCAUCGCCAUCAUCAACGCCAAGAUCGCCGUCCUGCCCGACAUCAUGAACGCCGUCAUCCUCAUCGCCGUGCUCUCCGUCGGCAACUCCGCCGUCUUCGGCUCCUCCCGCACCCUCGCCGCCCUGGCCGACCAGAACCAGGCCCCGCGCUUCCUCUCCUACAUCGACCGCCGCGGCCGGCCCCUCAUGGCCAUCUGCGUCGCCGGCGCCGUCGGCCUCCUCUCCUACAUCGCCGACCUCGACGCCCAGUCCGAGGUCCUCGACUGGCUCCUCGCCGCCUCGGGACUCUCCUCCAUCUUCACCUGGGGGUCCAUCUGCCUCUCCCACAUCCGCUUCCGCGCCGCCUGGCGCGCCAAGGGCCGCGACCCCAGCCACCUCGCCUGGCGCAGCCAGGUCGGCGUCGUCGGCUCCUACUGCGGCCUCGUCAUGAACUGCCUCGUCCUCGUCGCCCAGUUCUGGGUCGGCGCCUGGCCCAUCGACUACGCCUCCAAGACCUCCGCCCAGCUCGCCGAGUCCUUCUUCCUGCGCUACCUCGCCGCCCCCGUCGUCGCUGGCUUUUACAUCGGCCAUAAGCUCUACUACCGCACCACCGUCGUCCGCCUUCGCGACAUGGACGUCGAUACCGGCCGCCGGGGGUUCAACCUCUCCAUUCUAUUGGCUCAGGAGGAGGAGGAGAAGAAGGCGUGGCCGACCUGGAAAAAGGCAUAUAAAUUUUUAUGCUAGGGCAAUUUUUCUUUCGCUUUCUUUUUUUUCUUCUUCUUUUUUUCUUUUCUUUUUUAGGGUCGAGCCGAAGGCUUGAGGAGGGAACGGCAGACAAUGGGUUUAUGAAUGAGUAGCCAAGGCGUUUUGGGG